UAUUCAAGAAAAAUUGCUAUCUCAAUUCUUGACUUCUCGUUUCUCCGACCAAAACACCGACUGAAAAUCCUGUCCUCCGUCUCACAGCCUCAUCGAUUUUUUUCUCUGAUGUCAGAUCUCUUUUCCGGCCAGCCGAACUCAUAUCAUUGGUCAUCUUCUCCGUGGCGACUCAGUGAAUUUCUCCGACCAGGUAAUCUUUAUUCUCAUCGAUUUCUCUCUAAGUUUUUUUUUGCUUUUGAUUGAAUCGAUUCUUCUAUACGAAAUUACUCUGCAUGCGUUGUGAAUCCGUAUUGUUAGGGUUUUUUGUUUCGCUUUGCGUUGGAUUUGUAUAUUCUGAUUGAGUUGUAUUCUGUUCUGGGUUUGCUCUGGGUUCUGUUCUGUCUAGUCGGUUGAUUUCUGAAUUGGAUUUGUAUAUAUCUGUAUCGGAUUUGUAUAUCUCUGGUUUGGAUUUGUAUAUCUCUUUUGUUUGCUCUAGGUUGAUUUCUAUUCACACCGGUUGAUAUAUUUGAAGGAUAUUCUUCUUCUUCAUUGUUUGGUUUGAGUAAUCGUACUAGAUUGUUUAGUUGUUACUUUGCUUGAUAAAGAUUAUUUGCUAAUGAAGUGUGUUUAUUAAUGAGGUGUGUUUGCUACUGAAUCGUGUUUAGUGAAGAGUCUUUAUGUGGUCAAUGUCUUAUGAUUUCUUUGCUAAGCAAGUGUGUUGUUGUUUGCAAAUUGUGAGCUUUGUGUGGGCUGUCAAGGAGACCCAAGCCACAGCUGUGAGGAUCAUCAAGGGCUUGAAGCUUUCCCUCUGCGCAUUGCUAGCUUUGAGCUUGGUGUGGGCUGUCAAGGAUUCCCAACUCACGGCUGUGAGUGCAUCAAUGUCCACAACCUUUCUGUCUUCGCAUUGCAACCCUCAGAGGUAUGAGUGGUGUAUUACCAAGGUGGUGGUGGAUGUCGACACUAAAGAGUGGUUGUGGUUUUUGUUGCUUAAAGCUAUUUUGUUUUUUUUUUCCUAUGUGUAAAUUUGAGUCCACAAACUUGUUGUGGUAUAUGUCGACACCAAAGUUUUUUGUUUGUCUCCUAUGUACAUUUUGAAACCGUGUAUUUAUAAUGGAUCUUAGUAACCACAAACUUUGUAUGAUUGUUCUAUUUAUAUAUGUACUUCAUAUGCU